AUUCAGGCGUGAAAAAUACGACGGCAAGUGCGAAAUUUUCUAAAAAAAAACACUCGCCUUUGUAAAACAAAACAAACAAAACAAAACAAAGUUCUUUUUUAAAACUUUCUGCUUCCUGCCAAAUGCCCCGCUAUAGCCCUAACCUCACCACAAAUGCACACAAAACAAUCGAGCUGUCAAACGCUUGGGAAGAGAGCAACACCCAAGCAACACGGUGGGAAGGGGAAACAAUUCGCGGCUCUCCAUAACGGUAGAUUGUUUUCAUCCCGUUGCUCCCAUUCAAACAACAGCUUUCCCAGCAGGCUGUGUGUGCUUCUCCAUUCCGUCUCACUGAUGUUGGUAUUCGCACUUGCCUGUUUGUAGCCACACGCGGCACCCUGGGGACUUCGUAGGGCUGUUCGGGAGCGAUGGUUAAUAGAACAGAAAAGAAGAAUCAACUAUCAAAUUCCCGGAACUAGCACACGAGAAUGAAGGCAACAACAGUGCGCCAGAAGCAUGAACCAACGCCACUCAGCUGAAGCAUCCUCCUCGAAAGCAAAGCACAAUGGAAAAGACCGGCAGACGGAAAGCAUCCCCAGUAAAACCAUGAGCAACGGGCCGGGCACCGGCCGGGGGACUAUCCCCAACAAACCGUCGGACACGUCCGAGCACGACGCCGUUAACGUCCGGUUCGUCGAGCGGCGGGAGCCGGAGCGAGCGUUCUGUCUUUCCUGCCGGGCCGAGUUUACCUUCUCGCUGCUGAACGACAUAAUCCAGCACUAUCUGGACCGGCGGCACGAACCAUGCUGCCGCUGCCUGUACUGCGACGGGCCGAUGUACCGGUACCGGGACGGGAAGGGUCAGCUACAGUACUACCACGAUUGCCAACGGUGGAGACGCCACCUGGACCGGGCGCCCUGAGGCGUGGUUUUUCGGAAGGAUAAGCAUUCCAAAAUAGGCGUCGGAGAUAACUCAGUUUUAAAACGAUCCUAUGACUUCUGCAAUGACGAGAGUGGUUAGCUAAGCCGGGGUAGGGAAAUAAUGUAAUCAGUUGCUUUAAAUUAUUGUUUUAUGUUUUGUACAGAUUGAACCUUAAGCUUUCUCAGCUAGUUCUGCAGUUGCGUGAGAGUUAAGCGUAAUUGUAAAAUAUUCAAUUCCACAUAUCAAUCGAUCUCUACGAGAAAUGUAAAUUAAUAAAUCGAACAUUGACGAAUAUCGGGUUUUUACACCUAAACACUAGCACAAAUAUUGCAAAAUAAGAAACGCGAAAUAAAAUGAUUGAGUAAGA